AUGGCGCCGCGAAGGGCGCAUACCAAGUCGCGCAAUGGAUGCGAUCAAUGCAAGAAGCGACGCGUGAAGUGUGACGAGCGAGGCCCACCGUGCUCAAACUGUAUCUCGCGUGAACUGCACUGUACGUAUACGAAGACGUCAGCCGCCCGCACCGUCGCCAAUUCCUCUUCCGCCAGUCCCGCCCCCGUACCGCACGCCGCGCAUCGGCACCCCGAAGCGGCCAGCUAUGCCUUCACGGCCGCCGGCACCACCAGUCCGCCUAAUUUCUCGCGUAAAAAAGAGCUCGAAUUGAUGCAUAAGUACUCGACCGAGACCUACCAGAGCCUCAGUAAUGAACCCGCCUAUUACCAGGUCUGGCAGAUGUUUUUGCCGCGCAAGGCUCUGGAAUUCGACUUUCUGAUGAACGGAAUCCUGGCCGUCGCUUCGCUGCACACGGCCGCGUCGAUCGACUCGUCAGAGGCCCUGUCCUACAUCGAUUCCGCUCUCGAGUAUCAUAACCAGGCGUCGGCGCCUUAUCGCCAGGCCAUCGAUAAUAUUAGCCCAAUCAACUGCGAUGCCGUGUUCGCGCACGCCAUCAUCACCACUGUCAUCGGCAUCGCCCUCCCCCAGCUGACAGCCGACCGCAUCAAAAGCACCACCAUGACCGAGAACAUUUUCGUCGUGUUCGAACUCCUCCAGGGUGUCAGAAACAUCCACAAGAUCAGCCGUGAUUGGCUGCAAACCCCCUUUUUCACUUCUCGUCACGGCUUCUUCGAUGUCCCGUACGCUGCGCUGGACGCGGAUGUAGAAUCCUCGUUUACGCAAUUAACCGCAACGAAUGAUCUCAUGCUGGAAAAAGCAGACCCUGAUCAACAUCGCAUUAUGAAUGAUGCGAUUGAACUGCUCCGUCGCUGUUAUCGGCGCUUUGCUCAUGCGCAUGACGCCGCGUCGGUCAUUUCGUGGCUUUCGUCGGUUGAUAAGGAGUUCGUGCAUGCGUUAAGAGGUCGUCCACCGAUUUCAUUGUUGGUGCUGAUGCACUGGGCUGUCCUGUUGGAUGAACUCGAUGGGGAAUUUUGGUGGGCUCGCAAUUCGGGCAGUUCUCUGGGGGCGGAGUUGCUGAGGGAUUUGAGGUCGGGUGAUCCGAGAUUAGAGGGGGCGUGGACUUGGCCGAAGGAGAAGAUGAGUAUUUAA